CUGUGUGACUGACACACCUCCCAGUCCUGUUAAGCUCAGCUAAACACUCUUCACAAUACAAAUCCCUGUGCACAGCAAGUCAGCAUGUUUGCACACACGGAGCUUUGCAGGCUGGAGAUUGUAGUCCUGUUCAGUCAAGAGCCACAAGCCCUGGUGAUUAUACAAAGUGGACAAGAACCACAUAGCCCAGCAUGACUUUCUAUGCCUGCUUAUUUAUUCAGUGGUUACUGGGUGAACUGAAACGGUGACCCAUCGGAUGGUAAUUUUUUUCAUCUUAAAUGCCUGGAAAACUGUAUUUUCAACUCUCAUUUCAUCAUUUAGUUUAGAGGAAUAGUUUAGGAUUUUCUGUAGUUGCAUCAGCUGGUUUUGGACCAAGAAUCAUCUUUCUGGGAUUUCUGAUUUUGUCACAGGACUGCUACUGGACAUGCAAUCGGGUGUGCGGGUCUGUGCGCCCACUGCGGCGGUGCUGAGCCUGUUUUGCCGAGGUUGUCUCAGCAGGGUGCAGAGUUUGCCUGGUCGCAGCUUCAGCUUUUUGCCCAGGCAGAUGAGCAGGUGGAACAGCCGGGAUACCUGCAGCCCCCCACCUCCUCAGGAAAACCCCCGUGUCCUCAUCACGGGUGGUCUUGGGCAGUUAGGUGUGGGACUGGCACAGAUACUGAGGAAACAGUACGGAAGAGAGAAUGUAAUCCUGUCAGACAUUAAGAAGCCUCCACCUCAUGUUUUCAGCAGUGGCCCAUUUGUUUACGCUGAUGUUCUGGACUACAAACUUCUCAGAGAACUGAUUGUAAAUAAUCGUAUCACUUGGCUGGUGCACUACAGCGCUCUGCUUAGUGCUGUGGGCGAGGCUAAUGUGGCUUUGGCACGCAAGAUUAACAUCACAGGCCUUCAUAACGUGCUGGACUUAGCAGUAGAGAACUGCCUGCGCCUCUUUGUCCCCAGCACCAUCGGAGCGUUUGGUCCCUCUUCUCCACGUGACCCGGCCCCUGACCUCUGUGUCCAAAGACCUCGAACCAUCUACGGCGUGUCCAAAGUGCAUGGAGAGCUGAUGGGGGAGUAUCUCCAUCAUAAAUAUGGUCUAGACUUCCGCUGCCUUCGUUACCCAGGUGUGAUAUCAGUCAACACAGCUCCUGGAGGAGGAACAACAGACUAUGCAGUUCAAAUCUUCCACGAUGCUCUCAGCACAGGUCACCAUGAGUGCUACCUGCGUCCUGACACUCGUCUUCCCAUGAUGCAUAUCUCUGACUGCCACCGUGCCACAGUAGAGUUCAUGCAGGCUCCAGAGUGCCAGCUGUCCCUGCGUACUUACAACAUUGCCGCAAUGAGCUUCACUCCAGAAGAGGUGGCCCAAGAAAUCCGCAAGCAUCUCCCUCACCUCAAGGUCACCUACAACCCUGACUCUGUCCGCCAGACCAUUGCAGACAGCUGGCCCGUGAGGUUUGAUGACUCCAAUGCCAGGAGAGAUUGGGGCUGGGCACCAGCCUUUGGGCUUGAGGAGCUGGUGUCAGACAUGCUGCGCUUGAUUCGAGAAAAGAGGACAAACGAGGGUUUGCCAGUCAGCUAGCGAAACCUGCUCCACAAAGACUGACCAAUGCCCUGCCCCUGACUUUUCUUCAGCCUGCAUUUACCAACGAAACACUUCCUUUCACUUCACUUUCACAAGUUGUCAACCACUGUCCUCUGUUACUCUGUAACAUUUCAGCAACGAGCCAGGGACUGUUUGUAAAGUAGGAAUUCUACGUCAGAACCUCUCAAUAUAUAGUGGACAGUGAGAUGUCAUACGCAUGCACUCAAAGACGCACAUUUCAGCCUUUCAGGGAAUCAAAUACUGCCAAACCUUCUCUUCAUCUUUGUUGUUUUUAAUUGUUAUCAUGGUAUAAGCAUCACAUUUACACAUGGGUAUGUUUCCUCAGCUGGAACAGAAAAAUACUUAUUUCUUAAGCUUUAGAGAUUUCCAAAUGUCAUGUCAAUCACAUCCAUGGACACAACAGUCUGUUAGAAUGUCUAUUAAAAUGUCUAAUACAAUAUAGACCAGUUGCACAUUAAAGUAACAAAUCUUUUGUACACUUUGAUUUCAGGAUCAUCUGGAAUGGCAGGCUCAGUUGACUCUGGACUGUAAUGACUCAACAUGUAUUCUGGCUACCUUAAAGGGCAGUCUUUUGUAAUAUAGUCUAUCAAGUGAAAAUCACAGGAAUAACAGGAAGCCUUUAUUUUACUUUUUUGCCAGCUGUGUGAUUUUGGUUAUGAAGGAGUACCAAUAACAAAUAAAGCCUUAUUUACUGUAGACUACUUUUGAAAACAAUGUAUAAAAAUGCAGUGUACUUGGAAUCAGACCUUGCAUAAUAAAAAGAAACAGCAGA